AUGUUCCCAUGUUCUAAGCAUACCCCUGUUGUACAACAUUAUUCGUGCGACACGUACUCUACGAACUUUUACAUGGCAGCAGAGUACUACAUGCGAUAUUUUCAGGUCGCAUCAUCAGACGUUACGGCGAUCAUGACAACACUCCGUGGCUGUAAGGCACGACUCACCAGCGCGGUCAACUCCAACUAUCCAUCUGUAUUCCGUUCGGAUGCCCACCCGGCACUGCAGCUAGCAGCACUCCAGCGACGAAUAGAGGAUAUGGAGAACAAUAAGACCUCCAUCGAAAUCGUAUUGGAGACAUUCCAGUGGGGUCAUGAACAUGCUUCAUCUUCAUAA